AUGAAUCAGCAGUGCAAAGUCUGCGGGGAGCCUGCAGCAGGGUUUCAUUUUGGUGCUUUCACGUGCGAGGGUUGCAAGUCGUUCUUUGGAAGAUCUUACAACAAUUUAUCAUCAAUUUCGGAAUGCAAGAAUAAUGGGGAAUGCAUAAUCAACAAGAAGAACCGAACUGCAUGCAAGGCUUGUCGACUCAGAAAAUGCCUGCUGGUUGGAAUGUCAAAAAGCGGCUCACGUUACGGUCGCCGAUCAAAUUGGUUUAAAAUUCAUUGCCUUUUGCAAGAACAGCAACAAGCACAAGCAGCAGCAAGCCAAAAUGGCAAUCAAAAAGUUCCAGCUUUGUCUCCGAAUUCACUUAAUCUUAUGCGACAUCCAUCCUACUCAUCUAAUUUAUUUUCACGACCUCCUUGCUCAAAAGAAGAUUUGAUGAUGAUGAGACUAGAUGAGUAUGUUAAACACCCAGCAACAGCAUCAUCGCCAUCAAUCAGCUCACCAGACAGUCACAAUUCAGACAGCUCUAUAGAGAUUGGCGAUAAAAGAAAUUCAAUUUUGAACAAACAAAAUAAGCUUGUACCAAAUACGCAACAACAGCCUUUAAGUCUAAACAAAGAUUUGUUUCUUCCUUUACCAUUUGCUGGUUUUCCGUUGAUGCCACCACCAGGUUUUCUACCACCACCAACUCAUUUUCUCUUUUCAAGCUACCAUAAUGCCUUUUACGAACAGAACCAUCAUCUGUUACAACAUCAAGUUCAACAAGAUUUAUUAAAAACAUCAAAUAUGCAUUUGCCAUUUUCAUCAGCAAAUCUUACGUCAAUGAAAGAGGAAGAUGAUGAGAAUGAGAAAGAAAUGAUUAAAGAAGAACAUGAGGAACAGAUGAACAAAAGAAGCUUAUCAGCAGCCACUUUAUUGGAGUCACAGAGAAAGCAACUUACAAUCACAAAAAUACCAAAGAUUUCUGAUUCAUCAAGUCUCAGAGAUGGUAAAGAAAGUGAAGACGAAGAUAUUGAUAUGAAUGAAAAUGAUGAGGUUUUAACACCGCCACGAUCACCUCGAUCACCGAGACAACAACCUCAAGUAGAAAACAAUCCGAUCGACUUAAGUAUGAAAAGUGGAAGCAGCUCGAAAUCUGACGAUAUAAAUCACAACUAUUUCAAAGUCAACACAAACCACAAAUCAUCUUCUGUAAGCUUUCUUAUGAAUGGAAAUUCAGACAGCGAUUCAAAUGAUCAAAAAACAAACAACAUUAACAGAAAAGAGAAGAUUCAUUGUCACGAUUUGAAGGAUGGUAACAAUGAAAAGCACUUUCAGAUAAACCACGGCAGUGUAUCUGCUGAAGAAGACGACGGCUACAUGAACAAAGGAAUUUUCGAUGACAGAAGUGAUGAAGAUGAAGAAUAUGAGCGUGAGUUGAAGCGACGAAAACUUCACAUAACUACACCAUUAGACUUAACGACAAAAGUUUGA